AUGCCUUUAAGUACGUCGAACAACCUCUCGCUCUGCAUGUUGGAGAGUUUUUCCCCUCGCUUGUCUGUGUAUCCGCCUUCGCUUCCACACCAUUUCAAUAGUCAUACGUGUGUGUGGGUGUUCGAGCUGGGUGACGCUGCGUCCCGCUCUUGGGGAAAUACGAGGAAAGUCAAGCUAUUUCAGAGGACAACAUCACCAACAAGAAGCAACAUUAUAACCAACAGCUGUAAGACAUUGUUUUACAGAUAAUACGAAAAAAUGGCAGAUCCAAUGACCCAGUCCUCUCAAAUAUCAUCGUCACAGGGACUCGCCGAUGGACAGAACUCCGCGAAAGACUCGAAGUUCACCGAUUCCUUUCUUUCCUCUUCGCCUGUAUCUCUCAUUCAGUCUCCUCAAGACAAAAGGGUGGUAGUAGGCUCUGACAAACCCUCAGAAGGCGUGGCCACAUCACUUCGCUUCCAACCAGGCUCCUUUACUCCUGUCACCUACGGCCACGAAACCUCUGACCGUUCUCACAAAGGCCCAGAGAAGAAGGAGCCCUCCGACUCCACCCUUGCGUCUCCCCAAGAGGACUCGCCGAUAAAAAUGUCCCCCGUGUCUGAGAGGAUCAAAGCGCUGGAGGCUCUUGCUGCGAAGAAAAACGAGCCAGAUAGCAGGAACGAUGGAGGCUUUCCUCACUUCAGGGAGCGCCACUAUGAGAAGUCGCCCACUGAAGUUCCGCCUCCUGCGCCUCUCCCAAAGAAGAAUGCCCCACAAGAGACGGAAUCCCCAGAAUCACCCUUUGAGGUUUUAGGGGACUCUGUACCAGCAACAGACUAUGAGGAUACUGCAGACUGGAUGCGGGCCCACCUACCCCCGGCGCCAAACUUCGGCACUGAGGAUCCAGAGGUGGAUGAAGGAAAAGAUGUGCCCGUGCCCGUGUCCGUGCCCGUGCCAGUGCCCGUGCCAGUGCCCGUGCCCAGCGUGGAGAGUGAAGGUUCCCUGAAAGGGAGUAAGGUGGAAACCAUUUUAGCAGCAGAUGUUCCCGAGGCAUUUGCUGGGGUUCCUGAUGCAUUUAUGGACACUCCCAUUGAGCCUCCUGAAAUCAAAGAUGAUUACAAGCCAGAAAAGCAAGAGAGCCUAGAGGAAGAGUCUGAGUUUGAUCUAAACUUUCUACCAACUGCAUACAUGUGGGACAAGCAGGAGAAUAAUGCAUCCAAAGGCCCUCCUGCUCAGCCUGCAGCAAAGGAAUCUGAUAUGUCUGCUCCCCCUGCCACCGCCCCUCCUCCAGCAGGGUUUGGGUCCCCCUCUCCCCCCCUGUCUCCCCCACCCUCCCCACCGGCAUCUCCCCCACAGGCUGGCGUUCCGAAAACAACAUUUAAGGGUGUCGAUGCCGAGUCGUCCGAGACCCACGAGAUGGACAGUUCUGGCGAGUCAGAUGACACAGUGAUCGAGGAUGCCUGUGCUGCUGUCAAAGUGAACAGUACUCCUCUUUCUGUAGAGAAAGAGCCACAGCAGGCCAAGCCAGAGAAGCAACCUAUGCAGGUCCCCACCAUCAAUGUCAUUGAGACGGAGGAGCAGGUAGUAAGUGAGGAAGAGUAUGAGCCAGAAGAGGAGGAUGAACGUUACAGGGUCGCGCAAGACCCAGUUAGAGAACCGCAGAAAGAACAAGAGCCCGUCUCGGAUGUAAAGAAACCUGAACUCUCAGAUGCACCCUCUGCUAAAGACUGCAAACCGCCUAACGAAUCUUCUCAGGUUUCCACAACAGAAUCUGCUGAGUCAGCUCCCAAGCAACCCAACAGCCAAGAUGGAGAUGGAGAUGUUGGCAGUGUGGCACAGACUCCAAUCUCAAGAGGCGGAGAUGGAGAUGUUGGCAGUGUGGCACAGACUCCGAUCUCAAGAGGCGGAGAUGGAGAUGUUGGCAGUGUGGCACAGACUCCGAUCUCAAGAGGCCUUAGCAGAGAGGAGCCCCAUGACGAGGCUGUGGUUUCUGAGAAGUCAGAUAGUUCUAAUGAUUCUAUGUCAAAGUCAGCCCUCGAGUCUGCUAUUAAGGGAAAAGAAGAGAAGUCGGUUAACAUUAUUGAUCACAGAGAGAACCUAUUAGAUGACACAGAGCCUGUAAUUGAUUCUUAUACAAAAAACGUUGUUGCUCAGGAUCUCUCUCAGAAGGAAAAGACAAAGUCUGAACCAAUCUCCAAGGACGAUUAUGUAUCAGAUACCAUUUCAAAAUCGAAUGUACUUUCAGAUCUUAACGCUGGCUCACUUAUCGAUCAAUCCUGCGAAGAUCACUUCGGAGAUGACUCUUUGCCUGGCUUGGAUGAGUCCUGUGAUGACCAACAGCUGAACUUUGACACUGUACCUGAACCCUCUCCUUCAGAUUUCGCCUCAGACGCUUACAUUGAGCCACUGGUCUCUCAGAACAUCUCCAAUGUUGGAAGUGACAACAGCAAGACAAUGACCGACUCAGGGGACCUCCCUCUUAUGGCUGAAGAUAACUACACCUCCCAUCCUGUAGAGGAACAGCCAACCAUGCAGGAAUAUCCUCAAGAUGACUUUUCUUAUUACAACGAACAGCCAGACUCAUUCCCUGACAUGAUGGGGGACCUCGAGGCCAACCAGGACGCCAAAGACAUGACUUCAGAACCACCCCCACCCACUGAGAACACAAGCGACCCUGAGAGCAUUGAGCCUGACUGCUCUGUCUCCCUGGCAACAGACAGCUUUGUGGAAUUCAUGAAAGAAUGCUUGAAGUCUCGACAGGAUGAGGAGCCAGAGGCGCAGUGCCCCAGUCGCACGGCAAACGCUGAAACCCCCGAAACCGCCACCACUCCCUCCCCAGCUGUGGCGAUGGACCUGGAGCAGGAGAGCAACACCAUCCGUGCUCUGAAAGAGCUCGGGAGCAGUCAGGAGAAAGAGGAAGAGAACAAGACCUCAUCCAAGUCCAAGACCUCAGAAGAGGAGACGAAAUUUCCUCAGCCACAAACACCGAGUCACGUAUCCUCAAAUCUCACACACGACUCCCCAGCCAAUCGGCCUGCGUCGGAGACCUCGCUGUCCAAAGAGGUAGAGGCGAUCGAUGUCUGGGUGGCUGAGGCCUACCACCUCGCUGAGCAUGUGUUGGCAGCAAUACUAACCCACCUGUCAGCUAAGGACCUGGUGUCCUGGCGCGACCCCAAGAAGUCGGGCGCGGUGUUCGGCGUGUCCAUGCUGCUGCUGCUCUCUCUGGCGGCGUUCAGCGUCAUCAGCGUCAUCUCCUACAUCCUGCUCGCCCUGCUCUUCGUCACCAUCAGCUUCCGCAUCUACAAGUCUGUCGUGCAGGCCGUGCAGAAGUCCGGCGAUGGACACCCCUUCAAAACCUUCAUGGAGAAGGACGUCAGUGUUCCCCCCGAGACCUUCCGUAAGCACGUGGACGUGUGCCUGACCUACGUCAACUGCGCCCUCAAGCAGAUGAGCCGCCUCUUCCUGGUCGAGGACCUGGUGGACUCCCUCAAGCUGGCAGUAGCCAUGUGGCUCAUGACCUACGUGGGGGCCGUCUUCAAUGGAAUCACCAUCCUCAUCCUGGCCGACAUCCUGAUUUUCACCCUGCCCCUGGUGUAUGAGAAGAACAAGACCCAGAUCGAUCACUAUGUGGAGAUCGCACGCACUCAAAUCAACACCACAAUGGCCAAGUUACAAGAGAAACUUCCUGGAUCACUGAAGAGAGUGAAAACGGAAUAAUCCCGCUUCAUCGGAUCGUCCUUCAUCGCCACCACCCUAACCAUCACCCUUCUCAUCCUACAAUGUUAUUCCUCCCUCAUUCCCAACCUAAAGCUAACCCUCUCUGCCCCCCCCCCCAACACACACACACACACACACACUGUCCAUCAGCCCCCCCCCCCCCCUCCCUGCACUGAACCAGCUAGUGGGGACAAAUACAACAAAACAUUUUACAAGCUUCUCAGUAUUUACAAUUAACCGCGCAGGCUUAACUCUAAGCGCUAUAGGGAAGCUCCAGUGGCCCCAGUCGUGCCGCCUUGGGCACACAACGUAGAGGAGGAAGGGAUGUAACACUGCAACUGGAUACAUUUUGUUGUUUUGUUGUUGUUGUUGUUGUUUUUGUAUCGGCGCUCUUAAGUGGCCCAGGGCUGGUGAACUAGACUGAAUCUAUGACCUGGUUUUGCAGUGGUGGGGCGUUUGGCUUUCAAUUAUCAACGAACAGGGGUUUGUGUUGUAAAAGCAAAUGUCUGUAAUUGAAACGAAACAUUUUGCUUAAAAAUAAAACUGAAAAGUAUCUUUAAAAAAAAAGAAAAAUGAGAAAAGGCUUUUUUUUUUAUAUAAUUUUGUUGUAUUUUUUUCUUUCUUCCCAGCCUCCAUGCAUUUGAAAGACAAAAAAAGUUUUUGGAUGAUGAUAGUUUUUGAUUGGAUAUCUCUGGGACUUCUCUGUUAUUGAUACGCUGCUUAGCCUGACACUCACUUCAUGGUUUGUGUCCUGUUCACCUAUAGGCACUUAUGUAUGUAUAUUAUCUGCAAUGCACUGAACAUGUCUCAGCUUCAUCCGAGCAGGUGGAAUAAAGAGGAUUGAAGCCGUGUGCCAGCUGUGAUACUUUUGGUCUAGUUCACCCGGUUGGUUCUGGUGCAUUUGGAAACUGCACCAUAUGUAUAUAAUAAGUCAAGGCAACAGACUGUCUGCCAUAAAGGAGUAAGGUGUGGCUUUUUAUAUAACUAUAAUCCCCUUAUGGCAAAUGUGCUAAUUUCUGUUACAUCUCUCAGUGUCACUCUUUUGCGCUCGUAUGUACAUUUACACAAUUAUCCUUCUAGUUAUCAUUACUGUUGAUAGUAUAAUAAUUAUUGUCAUUACAGUUGAUAUUAUUGCUAUCACUGGUUAGAAUGACCGCUUUGAUUCCCUGUUAUGUGUCAUCGCAAAAGCUUUGCAUUUCUCCCGUCCGGAGGCUUCAGACUGCAAAGGUCGUGACCUGUGUUGAUCUGUGACUUCCAGGGUGUUGGUAAGGGUGUCUGUCUGCACCCAAGGGGUUGAGAUAUAUAUUGUCAUGGCCUUGCCGCCCUGAUGACCAUGUUUCGUAUGGCAGGCUGUUAAAAUGAACUUCCCAGGUAUAUCGGUGUAAAGUCCUGCUAAAUAUCCUCCUCGUCAGCAACUGUCUUGGGUCUGUUUUGGUGUCAGCAACAGCCCAUGUGUCACACAGCUUAGAGUUAUGAAUAUGCUCAGUGAGGUCUUUUUUUUUUCGCCUUCGUUUCGUCGUACAAAAUGAAAACCAUUUUGUCUGACAGGGCUACGCAUCUUCAAGGGCCUUGUAGCUUCUUUUCUUUGUACUUCUAAAAGGAUCUUGAGAUGAAGAAAAUUGGGGGGAAAUGUUUUUAUAUAGGUUUUUUUUUUUUUUUCCUGCUGUGUGUUUUGUUGUGUAUAUUUGCCAACAUCUCCACCCCCCAUGAAACAACUGAACAGGGAUCAUUCUCAUCACAAGUGUUGCAUCUCUGCAAGCCAUCUCUGUAGAUAAUGUAUGGGAUCUCGUUAAAAAAAACUAAAAUGCAUUCACUGUAUUUCAGUUAUGUUUUAAUGGUUGUUCUCGGAUUGCCUCUCAAUGCAUUAACUAUUACUGCUAUUAUUAUUAUUAUUAUUAUUAUUACUACUACUACUACACAGAAGUCUGUCUCCUGCUGAAUGUGUCUUCCCUGCAAUAUUUAUAGUACAUUCCAUCUUGUGCAUGCAGUUCUUAGUGUCUUGGUAGGACCUCAGAAGGUUUUACUUGGUAACAUGCUCUUCUGCUUUCCCCACCAAGACACUCUGGGCUUGUAUUCGUUGUCCUCCUUAUAAAAGCUGUUUUCUCGAAUCACAAUAUUGGAUGUGUAGUCGUCGUAGGAGUUAUCGUCGCGUAUUCACCAUGCACGCCUCGGUUGCACACUUGUACACGCGCACUUAACACGUACAUGGCUCUUCGCACACAUGCAUACACACUCACCUACAGUUGAAAGUAUCCUACGUCUGAAAACCACUGUGUCUUUGCUUUCCGCUGGACUGACAUGCUUAUCGUUCAUCUGUUCGGCAGCUGAAUCAUGGGUGCGGUGCUUUUUGGUGAAUAGGCUACGCUCCAGCAAAUAGGGUUUUCAUAGGUAUUUCUUCAGUCGUGAGUGACAUGCAAUGCUGUCUUCUUUUUUUUUUUUUUUUUUUCAUCAAUAGACUACACAAACCUCUUUCUCUGUAGAUACCAUGCCUUAGUUGUUGUUCUAUUCUCCUUUAGUGCUAAGAGUUCAGGAAGAACUACACUAUGACUAUUUUUGACUUAAUCCCGUAGUUUCAGUGCAUGUUUCCACCUUAGUCUUGUUUAUUUUCUUGGGAAGGGAGGGUUGAUGGGAGUUGGAAGUCAUUUAUUUCUGGUCAGGAUUUUUUUUCUUGUUUUGCUUUUGACUUUCUCUUGUUAACUAGAUGUGUUAACUAACACCUAAGCUCUGUUUGUUAGCUGCAGAUUUAGUUUGUUUGUGGGUGCUUUGGAGAAAAAAAAAUAAAGUUGCAAACAGAGGAAACUAUGUGGUCCCUGUGCUGGUGUAAAAGUGGAAUUAAUAAAAGUACAUCAGAAGACA